AUGAAUAAUUCAGUAUAUCGCAAAACUUGUGAAAAUUUAAGAAAGCGUGUUGAUGUAAGAUUGGUGACUGAUAAAAGUAAGUUAUCCAAACUUGCAAGCAAGCCAACAUAUGUUAACAGUAAAAUAUUCACUGAGGACCUUGUUGCGGUUCAUAAAAUCAAAGAAACACUAAAACUCAAUAGACCAGCUUAUGUUGGAAUGUGCAUUUUAGAUCUUUCAAAGACACUCAUGUAUGAUUUUCAUUAUAAUUACAUUAAAAAGAGAUACAAUAACAAGGCUAAAUUAUUAUUUACAGAUACAGACAGCCUUUGUUAUGAAAUAGAAACACAGGAUAUUUAUGAGGAGUUAUGGUAG